AUGUCCAAAAGGAAGCGCGAGACGGCAGACGAGGAGUCAGCCACUCCCGGACAACCGAAAAAAGUCAAGAAGCAGAAAACGACCACGACGAGAGCACCACAAGCCCAAACUUCCUCCACUGAGGCAUCAAAGCACAGCGAAAAGCAAAGACCUGCUCAGGUGCCCUCUGACAGGAGGAAUGAGAAGCUCGCUCGCAGGCUUGCAAAGCGAAAUAAAGAAGCCUCAGAGAAACCGCAACGAGACGAGUCCGGGCGUAAGGAUGGAAUCAAGACAGGAGACGUCGACGAUAAUACCGGAUUGGUAGAAAAACGAGAGAGGAAGUCGUUGGAAAAAGGACAAUUCGGCCCAUCGAGGAACCGGCCUGAAAGCCGAAGAAUAGAGAAAGGAGGCGGUCAGGAGCUGACGGGAAAGCACAAGUCAAAUGAAGAGAAGCGCAAGGACAGGACUGUACGACCAAAAGGGAAGGAGAGCAAAGAAAAGGCUGUCGAGACAGCGAUGUGGAAAGUCUCAGAUUCUUUGGGAGGACAAAUGCUUGAUGUGGAUCCAGUCUUUUCUCCGGACGAGAAGUUUCUAUUGAUUGCAUAUGGCACUUCAAUCGCUGUGUAUUCGACUGCGACAUCGCUUCUUGUGCGCCAACUUCGAAUUUACAAAGUUGAUAGCAUAUCAGCAUUUGCGUUCUCUUCGACGACGCCGAACCAUCUUUACCUUUCAACGAUAUCUGGGAUUAUUGAAAAGUGGGACUGGAUCGAAGGCUCGAGGCUUAGCCAUUGGAGAAUAUCCUCGUCUAUCUACUCUUUGGUGACGGCAAAGCAGAAUCUAGGCGAUUCUGGUAGCGACCUGGUUUAUACAAUGGACAGGAAAGGGCAAGGGUCGUGGAUGCUUUCAGUACAUCGUCUCGCAGGCGGUGAGGAUGGCGCGAAGACCGAUGUCAAGACACUGUUCACAAAUCCGCAAGCUGUAUCAUCUGUCAAGGUCUUAGAAAAUGGUCGAGUGAUUGUUGCUACAUCUGGAUCACAGCUGAUGUUUGGGUCGUCCGACGAACCUGCAUCAUCCUCAUUGAAAGACGUUUCAUAUAGGUGGCGAAUCAUCGAUUGUCCGGAAUAUAUAACCGGUACGGAUGUUAGGGUCAGACCGUCUAAAGACCAAAGGAUGUCCGAAAGGAAAAGGUCAAUGGCAAAUGCCAUCGACAUAGUUGUUGGAGGGCAGAAAGGCUCCAUUCAUAUUUACGAAGAUCUGCUACGGAAACUCAUCAAAAGAGAUCAUCGUGCGGGCAAAGGGAGCUCACUAGAUGUUAUCCCUCGGCGACUGCAUUGGCACAGGAAUGCUGUUCAGUCGGUCAAGUGGUCCGCAGAUGGCAAUUAUGUCAUAUCUGGAGGUCAAGAGACUACGCUUGUGCUCUGGCAGCUAGAGACGGAACGGCGACAAUAUCUUCCUCAUCUCGGGGCUGCCGUCGAAAGUAUUGUUGUCUCUCCUUUUGGAUCUUCCUAUGGCAUCAGACUGGCCGAUAACUCUGCCAUGAUUCUUUCUACCUCUGAACUUCAACCAACGUUCAGCAUCGCCGGCAUACAGAUACCAGCUGAUCAGCAAGCGAAACUGCCACUGCCAGUUGUACGUACUGUGACUGCAGCGACGCAAAGGAAGGGCACAGUCCAGAGGUCUAGGUGUCCGGCUUGCGUCUCGUUCUCUGGUCCUGGUCGUGUGCUAUUAGCAGUGCCAUCUGCAACCGCAUCGAAACAGUUGUCCAUGACGCCAUCAAAUGCAUCUUAUCUGCAAACCUUCGAUGUUGGAGCAGCUCAUCAAUUUUCGCGGCAGGCUCUGACGCGGACGAAAGUCACGACCCUGAAUAUGGGUCCAGAAUCCAAUAUCGUUGAGGAGCCUAACGUCACCCACAUUCAGACCAGCUCUGAUGGGCAAUGGCUCGCUUCUGUGGAUGAAUGGAUCCCACCGAAGAGAGAUUUAGAAUCCUUUGCUUUCAACCAGGAAAGGGUAUUAGAAGAGCUAGUCUUCCGUGAGGAGAUAUAUCUAAAAUUCUGGUCGUGGAACGUUGAUACAAAGGUGUGGGAGCUAAUCUCGAGAAUUGACAACCCACAUGCAUCUCCUUCCGGCGAGCCCUAUGAUCAGGGUCGUGUGCUUGAUCUUGUUUCAGACCCGAGCUCUGUUGCUUUCGCUACUGUUGGUGAAGAUGGUACAGUGAAAACGUGGAAGCCAACAAUCCGUCGUAGGAAUGGUCUAGUAGUGAAGGGCAAAGAUGGAAGGAGCCUGACAGCUUGGCACUGCCAGCACAUCACACCCCUGGAAGUAUCGGAGCUUUCUACCGAGAACGGCCUUCUGGGUGCUAAGCUGGCUUAUUCGCAGGAUGGGUCAAUCCUUGCUGCCGGCCUCCAAUCUCAAAUGGCAUCUCCGAUCUACAUCAUUGACACUUACACGGGAGAGAUCAAGAGCGUGCACACCGGACUGUAUGCUGGGCCACUACUGGGUCUUGGCAUCGUCCACAAGUAUCUCGUAACGUUGGCGGACGAGCUUUGUGUAUAUGAUCUUGUCGAUGACAAGCUGGAGUAUGGUAUUGAUCUGCCAGCCUACGGUCUAUCACCUGAAAAGCGAUUCGCAUUGAGCCAUCUUGCAGUAGAUACUCAGGACUCACUUUUCGCCAUCGCAAUACCGCAAACUGCAGAGACCGGCCGGCGAUCGCAGGUUUUCAUUUUCGAUCCAGCCGAUGCCAUACCUCAAUUUCAGACACCCUUACCCAGCGCAGUCACAGCACUACUGUCUGCAGCAGGGAGAAAGGGGUUCUAUGCCAUCGACUCCGCGGCCCAGGUUCGAUCUAUAACACCACACCAGUCGAUGCCCUCUGUUCCUAUGAUAUUGCCGGAGCAUGAGGCGACGCCAACUCGUGGACUUUAUGACCUAUUUGGCGGUGGGCAAAGAACGCUGACCCAGGGCGAUACCAGCAAGGAUGCUGGGCUUACAAUGGCCAACUUUGGCAGUGUCACUUACGAGCCACGCCUUGAGAAUGACGAGGCAGUGGUUGUCAGCCAGGACAGACUGGCCGAGGUGUUUGACGUGGGUCCGACAUAUGCUCUGCCUCCAGUGGCGGAGCUUUUCGAACGGGUUGCGGGUCUCUACUUUGGCAAAGGGGAAAGAUGA